GGGUUUUCCUUUUUGCAGAGAAAUGCUCCCGAAGAGAAGGCGUCUGUAGGACCCUGGUUAUUGGCUCUCUUCAUUUUUGUUGUCUGUGGUUCUGCGAUUUUCCAGAUUAUUCAAAGUAUCAGGAUGGGCAUGUGAAGUGACUGACCUUAAGAUGUUUCCAUUCUCCUGUGAAUUUUAACUUGAACUCAUUCCCGAUGUUUGAUACCCUGGUUAAAAACAAUUCAGUAAAUCAUCCUGCCUCAGAAUGACUUUUCACAUCAUCAUUCAUGUGUCAUUCCAAGGUUUCUUCACGAGUCAUUCCAAGUUUUCUAGUCCAUACCACAGUGCCUUGCAAAAGCACCACAUGAGUAAAGCAAUAAAAUUUGAUUGUUAAGCUACAGUAGUGGACCCUACUUAUUCAGUCAUUUAAGAGUAAGUUUUUUAAUGUGGUUAUUAAAUAGUAUACAGUAUAAAUAUUAGAUUAAGUCUGUGUAGACAGGGUCUAGAUUUUGUUAACCCUAAUGUGUACAUGCAAUUAGCUUAAUUUAAAAUUUGAAAACUUACGUUUUUUUAUAUAGCUAGGCACUUACUAUAAUAUCUUGAAUUGAAAGCACACUCCCAUAUAGGGUCAUGUACCUGUCCUGUAAUAAGGUGCUUAUAAAUGGAACGACUAUACAGUUAGCCUAGUUUUCCCACAAUCUCUAGCACCUAGGAAAUUUUAAAAGCUUCCAAAUGCCUGAUGUAAAGGGAGAUGCUUAUAGCCACGUUUAUUUUAACAACAUUAUUUCUGUUACACUACCUUGGAUUUUGCAUGAGUGAAUAUACUAACCUAAGAUGCCGUAAGAAAAUAACUUGGUUGAGCAUCUUGUAACUUUAUCAGUCACUUCAGUUUUACUAAAAGCUAUCAUGGUGGAGUAAAGUCAGGGAAAAUUUGUUUAUGUCACCAGUGAUUUCACCAGAAUUACUUUCAUGGAUCAAAGGGGUCUACUAUGGUAGACAACGUCUUGGGGGAAAUACUACUAAAAAUGGAUGCCUCAUUAGGACAUACUGUUGAGCCCAAUGUGCCAUAAAACAUCUUAGCAUGUUACUAGCACUUUUACCACCAAAAAGGCACAUCAACUAAAAAGUUACACUUAGUUUGAAAAUGCUUUUUCUGGAUUUAUCAUUAAAAUUUUGUUAGGGUUCUAGAUACAUCAGACCUUUAUGUCACUUGGAAUUAAAUGGAUUUACUGAUAAGGGAACAGUCUUUAGUCUUCCCUUUGUUGUAUGAUUUUAUAGGUUAUGAUCAGACUUUCUUUGUACUAAUGGUAAGGGUGAGAGAGAAAGCAGAUUUGGGGUUUUUCUGGUACUGUUAAAAACUGAAAGCAUUGGCUAUUUAAAUACUUAGCCAUAACUUAAUGAAAAAAAGCCUGAGAGAUGUCUAUGUAUUAAUUGGAAAGAAAGCUGCUUGUUUGCUUUGUUAAUUGCCUCAGGAUAUUUCUUUUAAAAAUAAGCUGUUUUAAGAGGAACAGAAGGGAAAUCUGCUACCUAGUCUAUACACAGUGUGAACCUCAGAGAGAGCUUCUGAUACCCCCAAAGAAGGGGGAAAAGUGAGGGAGAGGAGUGGUUAAGGACUGUCAGGAAUUUGACUACUCUAGAAUAGGAAAAGAUUCAGCUGACCUGGGGCCAGCAGGUUUUAUCGUCAUUGUUACCUGCCUUUCUCACCCAGGAAGUCAAACCCUAUACUUGUUUCCCUCUUUGAAACAAGUGUCUUGGUUAACUAAUUCUAUUUUAUUGUAACUUUAAAAAUGAAAGUUAUUGUUCUAAAUUCAUAGCAGGUGCCUUAUUCUUUGCUUUGAGUCAAACCAUUCCAUAUCAGAAUUUCCCUUGGUGUACUAUAGAUAAUUGACUUUAAGAUGGUGGUGUUGUUUUUAAUGUACAACGUCUAUUAAUUUGACUGUUAAAAUUGCUAUAGCUAGCAAUCAUUUUACAUAUGUAAAGUUGCAUUCCCUUUGUAUUUCUUGUGUAAUUUUGCAAUUGAGUGCAUUUUAUAUUAAGGGUGGAUUGUGCAUGUUUGGGUCAAUCAAAGCUAUGUCUUAUUUGAUUUGUUCUUUAAAAAUAAAGUUCCCUGAAUAUUUGA